CAUGAUGCGGGCAUUGCUCGGAGUCUUGGACCCAAAUACUCCGUACCCUUUACUAGUUUGUUAAAAAAAAGAGUAAAUUUAUGGGUAUUAGCCUAACCGAUGCGCAGAAGUAGAAUGUUGGAAAUUGAUUGGCAUGUGAAUCAAUGAAAUACGAACCACAAAACAAAAAAAUACUGCCUGAAAUUCACAUGACUCGUGUAGAAGACCCCCUUCCCUGACGCUUAACGUGUAACUGUACAACUGCCUCAAUCAAACCAAAUACUUUACACUAUGACCAACCCUCUCCUAUUUUACACCACCUCCCUCUUUUCUCUCUUCUUCUUCUUUCUUCGCCAUUAAUUCACCUUCAUCUUCAUCUUUAUACCAUUCAUUAUUUCAUUUAUUGCAUUACUUAUUAUAUUCUUCAUAAUCAUACUAUAAUAUAGUAUCCCUGAAAUAUAUAAUUUAUCAAUACCCAUCUCGUUUUUCAGUCUCAUCUCUAACAAAUUCCACCGCUUUCUCCUUCUUCAUCCUCACAAUUUUAAUGGGUGUUCUUCGAAAUUUUGAUUUCUUCAGGUUCUGGGGUUCUUUGGCGAAACGUUUCUUUCGGGUUUAAAACUCAAUACGUUUCUUUUAAUCAUUGUUGUUACCUUAUUACACUGACUGUUUCCAAUUUUGCCUGUUUGUUAUCACUUGAUUGCUCCAGGUGAAUCAUCAUCAUCAUCUUUUAUGGGAUUGUGAUUGAAAGGUGAAACCCAUUUUUUUCAAUUUUAUUUUUGUUGGGAUUGUGAUCGAAAGGUAAAAACCAUUUUAAUGGCGCGAAAUUCUAUCUAGAGAGUACCCAAAUGGAGGGAGAAGAGCAUGAACAUAUUCUGCCAUUGUUAAGGUCACAAGUAACUCCACCACAACCUUUAACUCUAUCCUCUCUUCCUGAAAAUCAUGAAGUUUCACUCUCUUUAACCCCUUCUGAAUUCAAAGAUCGUCUUAUCUUUGGUUCCUUUCCUUCCUCUCCUAGAGACCCUUCAAUUUCAAUUCAAUCCCCUUCUUCAUCCACUCUCUUUGAUGCCCUUUCUCUGCCUUCUUCGCCUUUGCCGUCUCCGUCUUCGGAUUAUCAUCAUCUUUCAUUUCUUUUUGACCCACAAUUAGCACAACAAUGUCAAGAACAACAGCAGCAGCAGCCUCUGCAGGUGCCGCCGCUGCAGUGGCAACAGCAGCAGCAGCAGUGGCAGCAACAACAACAGCAACAGCAGUGGUUGGUUGAUCCUAAUUAUCGCGGCAAGAAAACUAAUCUUCACAGGUCUAAGACUGCCCCGGCUAUGGCGGUUUUAAAUAGUAAUGAUCAAAGGAAGGAAGAUGGUAUACCCAGACCUAGCUCUCAGUCUGUUGUUAUACAAGCAUUUGUGCUGUUAUUGAUUUAUUUGUCAUUUGGGGUUUUGAUAUAUUGGUUGAAUAGAACACAUUUUAAAGGUAGGGAGACUCACCCAGUAAUUGAUGCAUUGUAUUUUUGCAUUGUGACUAUGUGUACUAUUGGUUAUGGGGAUAUAACCCCUAAUUCUACUACAACAAAGUUGUUCUCAGUUUUGUUUGUAUUGGUUGGGUUUGGAUUUAUUGAUAUUUUGCUUAGUGGGAUGGUUACUUAUGUGUUAGACUUGCAAGAGAAUUAUCUUCUUAGGACGGUUAAGGCAGGGAAACGAGAGGAUCAGGCGAAAUCGGUGCUUAUUGAUGUCAAGAAAGGGAGGAUGAGGAUAAGAAUGAAGGUGGCAUUGGCAUUAGGUGUGGUGGUUAUGUGUAUUGGAGUUGGGGUGGGUGUUAUGCAUUUUGUUGAGAAGCUUGGAUGGGUGGAUUCACUUUAUCUUUCUGUCAUGUCAGUUACCACAGUGGGUUAUGGUGAUAGGGCAUUUUCGUCGUUGUCUGGUCGUUGCUUUGCAUCAAUUUGGUUGCUAGUAUCUACACUCGCUGUUGCUCGGGCCUUUCUUUACUUGGCCGAGGCUAGGAUUGACAAGCGUAAUAGGCUGUUGGCAAAGCGGGUGCUUGGUCAGGAUAUGACCGUCUCACAGUUUCUUGCUGCUGAUAUGGACAACAAUGGCUUUGUGAGCAAGUCAGAGUAUGUAAUCUACAAACUGAAGGAGAUGGGAAAGGUUUCAGAUAAAGACAUUCUUCUGAUAUGCAAGAAAUUCGAUCAGCUGGAUGCUGGCAGCUGUGGAAAAAUCACUCUAGCAGACCUUAUGCACUGUCAUCAACAUGAUUAAUUAUUGUAAGUGAAUGAGGCUCAAUCGGCCUGUCAGUUGCUUUGAUUCUAAUAUUGACGCAACUACGUUAUGGGGCAUGUCUCAGAAGGUCAAAGGCCCGGGUGUUUUAUCUGUAAAUACACACCAGCCGUUUCAUUCUCAGCUUAUAUCAGAUUAAAUACAUCUUCAACGAUACAAAUGUAAGACGCAUUCUGUCACUGGGAGUCGAUUGUGCAACUGUUUCAAAGGGUAAUAGUUUCCGUACAGUAUAGUUCAAUGGAUGAGUAAGAAGGCGUUGUCGUGAUUGAGAAGUUGCUAUGGAGAAAACUCCUAUAUCUGAUUAUAUCUUAGCUAGGUUAUAGGUUAUAUAAUAUAUAAGUAUAAUUUUUUGCUGUGAAUUUGAAAGGUUAUUUCAUCCGAUUUUUACUUUGCUACUUACAUGAAUUCCCAUUAUAUUCUUUAUAGUAUUGAUAUGUUGUACAAAAAUUUAAGUUCAGCUUUGACAUUUACCAAAUUUCUGAAACCUAUUUUGGCUUAAUUAGGCGUUUCGUGAAUGGGAAUGGGAAUGUGUAAAUUAGACAUUGGAAAUAUGGGAUGAUUUGGAAAAAAAAAAAACAACAACCAAGCAAUUUACUAAAAUUUUCUUGACCAUUAUUUUCGUUGUCUUUCUUUGGAUUAAAGGAUUUUAGCAUUUUAUAUUUGGGUUUUUCUAAGCUAUACCCCUAAAGUAUUUGAGUUUCUAAAGUGUAUCUAUGC